AGCGUUUCCUGUUUGGUAACUAAGGACGCGGGAUGGUUGCUAGGGCUCCCGCGGCAAUUGCCGCGGCGCUGUGCAGGUGCCUGGGCUUGACGCGAGUGCUGCUCACCCGCUGUACAAGAAAGCGGAUCUUUGCUCUGUAUCUUCUUUAUCCGUUUGCAGUCAUGAGUAGCGAAUUCCUGGCCGAGCUGCACUGGGAAGAUGGGUUCGCCAUCCCGGUGGCGAACGGGGAGAACAAGAUACUGGAAGAUCAGUUGUCAAAGCUGAAGGAUGAAAGAGCAAGCUUGCAAGAUGAGUUACGUGAGUAUGAAGAGCGAAUUAAUUCUAUGACUUCUCACUUCAAAAAUGUUAAGCAAGAGCUCUCAAUUACACAGUCUCUUUGCAAAGCAAGGGAGCGUGAGACUGAAAGUGAAGAACAUUUUAAGGCCAUUGCUCAAAGAGAAUUGGGACGAGUGAAAGAUGAAAUUCAACGGCUGGAAAAUGAGAUGGCUUCAAUACUGGAAAAGAAAAGUGAUAAAGAAAAUGGCAUAUUUAAAGCCACUCAAAAACUGGAUGGUUUGAAAUGUCAAAUGAACUGGGACCAGCAAGCAUUGGAGGCCUGGUUAGAAGAAUCAGCUCAUAAAGAUAGUGAUGCUCUCACUCUUCAGAAGUAUGCACAACAAGAUGAUAAUAAAAUUAGGGCACUGACUCUGCAAUUAGAAAGACUAACUCUGGAAUGUAAUCAGAAAAGAAAGAUACUUGACAACGAACUUACAGAGACUAUAAGCGCACAGUUAGAAUUGGAUAAAGCAGCACAAGAUUUUCGUAAGAUUCAUAAUGAAAGACAAGAACUCAUUAAACAGUGGGAGAACACAAUAGAACAGAUGCAGAAGAGGGAUGGAGACAUAGAUAACUGUGCUUUGGAAUUAGCAAGGAUAAAGCAGGAAACAAGAGAAAAAGAAAAUUUGGUUAAAGAAAAGAUCAAGUUUUUGGAAAGUGAGAUUGGGAAUAACACAGAAUAUGAGAAAAGAAUUUCUGUGGCUGAUCGUCAACUUUUAAAAUGUAGAACGGCAUAUCAGGACCAUGAAACUAGUAGAAUUCAGCUGAAGGGUGAGCUGGAUUCUUUAAAAGCCACUGUGAAUAGAACUUCCAGUGAUUUAGAAGCUCUGAGGAAAAAUAUUUCCAAGAUAAAGAAGGACAUGCAUGAAGAAACAGCAAGGUUACAAAAAACUAAAAAUCAUAAUGAGAUAAUACAAACAAAAUUAAAGGAGAUAACAGAGAAAACCAUGUCUGUAGAAGAGAAAGCUACUAAUUUGGAAGAUAUGGUAAAGGAGGAGGAAAAAGAUGUGAAGGAAGUAGAUGUUCAACUGAACCUCAUAAAAGGUGUGCUGUUUAAGAAAGCUCAGGAGUUACAGACUGAGACAAUGAAAGAAAAAGCGGUUUUAUCAGAAAUUGAAGGAACUCGUUCCUCUCUGAAACGUCUCAACCAUCAGUUACAAAAACUGGAUUUUGAAACCUUGAAGCAGCAAGAAAUUAUGUACAGUCAGGAUUUUCACAUUCAACAAGUGGAACGGAGAAUGUCACGGUUAAAGGGAGAAAUUAAUUCAGAAGAAAAACAAGCCCUUGAAGCAAAAAUUGUUGAACUUAAGAAGUCUUUGGAAGAGAAAAAAUCUACAUGUGGCCUUUUGGAAACACAGAUCAAGAAGCUUCAUAAUGAUCUUUAUUUUAUCAAGAAGUCACAUAGUAAAAACAGUGAUGAAAAACAGUCCCUUAUGACCAAAAUAAAUGAACUAAACCUUUUCAUCGACAGAUCAGAGAAAGAACUUGAUAAAGCCAAAGCUUUUAAGCAGGAUUUGAUGAUAGAGGACAAUCUUUUAAAACUUGAAGUUAAGCGUACUCGAGAAAUGCUUCACAGUAAGGCAGAAGAAGUUCUUUCCCUAGAAAAAAGAAAACAGCAAUUAUACACAGCAAUGGAAGAGCGAACUGAAGAAAUCAAGGUUCAUAAAACAAUGCUUGCAUCACAAAUAAGAUAUGUUGAUCAAGAACGGGAAAACAUAAGCACUGAGUUUCAUGAGCGGCUAAGUAAAAUUGAGAAGCUGAAGAAUAGAUAUGAAAUUCUGACUGUUGUUAUGCUGCCUCCUGAAGGAGAAGAGGAGAAAACACAGGCCUAUUAUGUAAUAAAGGCUGCUCAAGAAAAAGAAGAACUUCAAAGGGAAGGUGACUGUUUGGAUGCCAAGAUCAACAAAGCUGAAAAAGAAAUCUACGCUCUAGAAAAUACCCUUCAAGUACUGAACAGCUGUAACAACAACUAUAAGCAAUCUUUUAAAAAAGUGACUCCAUCUAGUGAUGAGUAUGAGCUAAAAAUUCAACUAGAAGAACAAAAAAGAGCUGUUGAUGAAAAAUACAGAUACAAACAAAGACAAAUCAGAGAACUUCAAGAAGACAUCCAGAGCAUGGAAAAUACAUUAGAUGUUAUAGAACAUUUAGCAAAUAAUGUCAAAGAAAAGUUGUCAGAGAAGCAGGCUUAUUCAUUUCAACUAAGUAAAGAAACAGAGGAGCAGAAGCCAAAAUUAGAAAGAGUGACCAAACAGUGUGCAAAACUCACAAAGGAAAUCCGUCUUUUGAAAGACACAAAAGAUGAAACACUGGAAGAACAAGACAUCAAACUUCGUGAAAUGAAACAGUUUCACAAGGUUAUUGAUGAAAUGUUAGUUGAUAUCAUAGAAGAAAAUACUGAGAUCCGUAUUAUCCUUCAAACAUACUUUCAACAGAGUGGGUUAGAACUACCUACAGCUAGCACAAAAGGCAGUCGUCAGAGUUCUAGAUCUCCUUCACAUACUUCACUACUAUCAGCAAGGUCAUCUAGGAGUACAAGUACAUCUACUUCUCAGUCUUCAAUUAAAGUAUUGGAGCUUAAAUUCCCGGCCUCCUCUUCACUAGUAGGCAGCCCUUCUAGGCCAUCUAGUGCUAGUAGUAGCUCUAGUAAUGGUAAGAGCAAAAAGAGCAGCAAAUAAACAUUUUAAUCUCUUCUGAAAAAGUUGUAAACACAACAACAAAAAUAUACUUUAAAAUACAAAACGACCCAACACAUUUUAUCUAGUGGAAAGUGUAAAAACUUAGUGUUAAGUGUAAAAACUGAUAUAGUUUAAAAAAAAAAGGAAUGUUCUCAUUUUCUCUACUGUUUUCUUCAUACUGAAGAAAAACAUUAAUAGCAGAUUCUUGACAAGGCUACAUGUUAUACAAGCAUAGGAAAAAUGCUGUAUUUCACUGUAAUUUUGAUGUUCGUAGUGUUAGAAAAUAGUUUGCUUCAUUAUUUCAUGAAACUACACUCACUUCUAAUGUAACAAUCUUUCAAGAAGAAAUUUCUAAAGAUUUACUGUACUAUUAUGAGCGUAUUGCAAUGUGAAAAUCUCAUUUACUCUACAAGACACCAAAAUUAGGUUUUCUUUAUUCAAAGUAACUAUUUCUCAGACUUUUGGGGAGAAAAAUUGUUAAAGGCAGUUUCUUCUUUUGCUAUAAUUUUUAACCAAAAAAUAGCAUCAACCCCUACCCCCCCCCCCAAAAAAAAACCGGUAAGAGAAACACUGUAUAUCAAUUUUAAAAUGCAGCUUAAAUUUACAAAAAUCACUUCUGACCUUGAAAUAAAUCAAACACAUUAAAGAUUUGCUUUCAGAUACAGCCAACCAAGUAUAAAGAAUUUUGAAAUUUUCUUGAUUUAAUAAACAAUUUAAUGAAAGCUAGGUAUGGUUUGAUUUGCAAUAGAAAUUUCAUUUACAGUUGGAGGUAGACUGCCAAAUGUAGUAGUUUUUCCAGUUAACACUUCAUUAUAACAUGUGCCCAACACUUUGUACUCUUGGAAUAGAGUGUGGAAUAUUAUAAAACUGGAUUUUAAAUAAAUGUAUUAGAAUUCAUGAAUGUACAUGUGUCUCCUUCAAACCUCGGGAAAAAAAUGCUCAUUACGACUGUCAUUAUUUUAGAACUGUUGUUUGUUUGUACUUCUUUCUGAAAAGCAGUAGUGGUAGUGAAUAGUUCUGAUUAUUUUUUGUUGUUUUAGAAAUAGGAAAAAGGCAUAGCAAAGUCCAAAGAAUAAGGUGGGCAAAAAAAAAAAGCUAGGUAAUAAAACUUUUGGCUAAAGUACUGCUCUAAUGCAUGAGAUUUAUAAGACCUAAAAACUAAUUAAAGUCACUUUGCUCAUCAAAGUUCUUAUUGUCAGCCCUAUGCUAGUUUGGGAAUUACUUAAAACUUGAAGUAAUAUUAAACACUCUUCUAUGAAGGCAGAGGUUGUAUCUUACUAGCUCUGUAACCUUGGAUAGUUACUUCUCUGUUUUCCUCAUUUAUACUACAGACACAGAAAGUUACCUACAAGUUUACCGAAUUUGAUAAUAUAAAAAAGAUGCACAGGGCUUGACACACAGAAAUUGCACUGUAUAACAACUUCUACUUACUGAGUUGCCACCUGGAGCUUAGCACAGGAUUUGUGGAAUGGUUUGGUUCUUGGGCCAGCAUACAAAUCUACAUUUAAUCCUUAAAUAACAGUUCUAACUUCAGUGUAGUAAUGACAAAUGGUGCGACAGGGGAUCAACCUAUCGCCAAAUCUGGACACUUAUCCUCAUAUCUAAAAGUCAUGCUUCAUCUGCUUAUGGAGACCAAGAUAUGGCAAUAUAUGAUCUUGAGAAAAAUUACUGAAGAUGUCGCUGUUCUUGACAAUGUAAAUCCCCAAUAAUUUUUGCUGUGAUAAGCUUCCUUAGAAAUUGGUUUGUAUACUCUGCUUAAUAUGGCAUAAACUGCAAUUACUUUUGCACCUACCUAAUAAAUCCAGGCAGCCUACAGGAUAAGGUGCUAUUCUCUUACAUUGAAUGGGGUGUAAUAGCCAUUCUGACUGAUGACAGACAUCUCAUUUGGUUUUAAUUUGCAUUUCUCUAAUUUGUGAUGUUGAGUAUUAUUUCAUACGCUUCUUGGCCAUUUUUAUCUCUUCUUUUGAAAAAUACCUAUUCAUGUUUUCUGCUCACUUUUGGAUAGGUGAUUUGGUUUGUCGAAUUCCUUGUAAAUUCUGGAUGAGUCCCCUGCCUGAUGCAUAGUUUACACAUUUUGUCCCAUUCUGCAGGUUGUCUGUUCACUGUGUUAUUUCUUUUGCUGUGCAAGAACUUCGUAGCUCACUUAAGUUCCAUUUUGUUUUUGUUGUGUUUAAGACACCAGUCUGGCUGUCACCCAAGUUGGAGUGCAGUGGCACAAUCAGAGCUCACUGCAGCCUCGAACUCCUGGGCUAAAGUGAUCCUCCCGCAUAGCUGGGACUACAGGCAUGCACCACCACACCCAACUUAUUUGGAUGGAGUCAUGCUGCGUUGCCCAGGCCAGUCUCAAACUUCUAGCCUCAAGCAAUCCUCCUCCCUCAGCCUCAAGUGCUGGGAUUACAGGCAUGAGUGACUGUACUCAGCCCCUCUUGCUUGCACUUUUGAGGUCUGAAUCAUGAAUGUGCCUACACCAAUAUUGGUAGGUUGGCAGGGGGGUGAGAGAUGAGAAAUUAUGAAAUGGGUACAAUGUACAUCAUUUAGGUGAUGGUUACACUAGAAGCCCAGACUUCACCACUACACGAUAGAUCCAUGUAACAAAAAUGCAUGUGUACCCCUUAAAUUUAUAUGAAUUAAGGAAAAAAAAUUUUUUUUAAUGUUGUGUUUAAAAUUUUAAGUUGAACCAGGGAUUCCAAAAGGUCAAAGGCUAUGCCAAGACGUAGUUUUCACUCUUUAUAAACACGACUAUGUAAAGAUGAUACUGGAGCUAUUAAUACAUAGAAUUAAGGACUCUUUUUAAGAUGAAUUUCUUAAAGAAGCUUCUUGGUGCAAAGACUAAUGCUUUGAUUGACUAGCCGAUUUCUACCACCAUUAUCUAUUGCUCUUGACCAGGGUUUCUUUUCACUGUCCCAUUUGCAAAAGAAAUUUCAGAUUUUUCACUAGGCUCUCAUUACUAGAGUUUGAUAGACACAAAUAAUACACACCCAGUACUUAAGGCCUGGACAUUUUACUGUUGGCAAGAACUCCAAGACAGAACAGGGAAUAAGUCUCUUCUUCCUCUAUUAUUCUCCCUCACUUAGACCUCUGUAGAUACUCAGCUACCCACCCACUUAUCUAGUGUCAUUGUGUGUGACAGUAUCUAAAGCCCAUUGUAAUUUACAGCUUGGAGAAUCUUAAACUGCAAACUCUAAUGACAUCAUAAACCCAGUACCUAUGACUCCUAUCUCUAUCUCCCAAAGAAUAUACCACACUAUUUUCAGCAAUUUGGGGAGGAUCUUUAUAAUCCAAGUCUCUUUGUUCUUCAGCUCUAGCUGCUGGAAUUUAUUCUUAGUAAAACCAGGCUCUAGUUGGUCUAGUUAUUUAUUCAGACUCUGAGAAAGGGGUCAUCAGAGAAGCAUCAAGGCACAGGAGGUGGUAAGAAGAAAUGCAGGUCAGAUUUAAAAACAUGCCUAGUGCCUUCUGGACUGAACAUCUGCAACACUAGGAGAGUUUCCCAGUUUUCUUUCCCUAAAGCAAAGCCAGAUUUACAAUGUGCUUCUCUGCUACCGCUACGUUUUUGCUAAAAGGAUUUUUUUCUUUUCUGAUUUACCCUUGCCUGGAAUACAGGCCCUAAGGGCCUUGCAAAUAUUUAAAGUUAAAAAGCUUUUUAUGGCUAUGCUAGCAAUGAGGUGAGAAAUAAGCAAAAUGGGCUCCUAUUCAACUUUUAUGAUCUUAUUCCUAAGACACUUAUGCUGGGUGGAAGCCAAUGACUGUUCACAAACCACUUUUAAUCAAACUGGGCUUUAGAGGAAAAUUAAGACAUAUAAUCUACCAUUUAAAAAUUAAAAAAAAAUUGGGCAAAAAAUGUAAUAGUUAAACUGAUAAAUAUAAAAUAGUGUUCAAGAAACAUUCGAACAUGUAAUCUUUCAAAAGCUGACGAUUUUUAAUUUAACAGAAAAGAAAAUGAAAUCAAUUUUUAUAAAAAUGAUUCAAGUGUUCAAUGCACAAAUUUUUCUCUCAAACAGCAGAAUAAGAUGCACCCAGGAAUUCUCAUAUACCGCAAUAGAAUGAAGAAACAGUACUUUCAGAGAAUUAUCUUUAGGUGAAGAAAUUCAAACUGUCAGAGUAAUAUACUGUACAUAAACUCAUAAAGUCUAAAAACCAAGCUAUGACAAGGGACCUACAACUGAAACAAAAUUUGAGAAAAACUUAAAAGCAUUUGUUUCCUGUAAUCUCUACAAAUAAUUUUAGGAGCAGAGAUUUCUGCACUGAACUGUUAUGACUAAUACAACCAAAAACUGCACUAAAUGGCAUUUUGUGUAAUAGUGCCGAUAGCCUUGGUGUAUUAAUUUUUUGACUUAUUUCCUUUUUCUUUUUCAAAUUCAGCUAUCUGAUUAAAUAUAUUCAGUAAAUUCUGAGGUAAAUUUUUCUUAACACUGCUUUCUGAGUGUUCUUUGCUACUUAGCGCAUCUUCUUCUGGAACCUCUGUUUUGAUAUCCUCCCCAUAAUUGUCCUCUCUUUCAUAUUCUCCUUGAUUUGUAUUUAAACGGUAUCUUUGCUCAUGUCUACUGAAAUCACGUGAUCCAGAGUGAGCAUAUUUUUUGUAUUUCUCAACUGACUUCCAAGAGUAUUCUGAGCUUGCUGGUGAGGUAGAAUGCCUCACAGAACCCGGUUCCCACCUUCUACAGUGCUCUUUUCUUCCCUCUAUAUCCUUUUCAAAUCUCCUAUAACCAUAAAUCUUGUCCUCUGAAUUCCUACAGAAGGAAUCUGAGGAAUUUCUUCUACUGGAAAAAUGUCUUUCUGAUUUAUAUGGCUUUUCUGUUUUGCUACUACCUGCUUGGGUUUUGUAGCUAUUAUAAAAAUCUCUUGGAUCUUCAGACCUACCUCCAAAAUCAUCCGGUAUUUCAAGUGAAGAUGAAGAGAGAGGGCAUCUAUCUUUGUCUUUUAUCUGUGUCUUUUCAUACUGUAACCUAUCCUGCUUCCCCAGUAGUUUCUCCACUUCUUGUUUAUGGUUAAGAAAAGAUGCUGAAGUAUUAGCUGGAACUGGGUAGCACUCAUCUUUCCUAUUCUGAUCUAUCUGAUUUGAGGAUGCCCUAGAUGAAUGCCUUCUGGAACUGUGAGAAGACUCUGAACGGUUCCUCUUAUGUUUCUUAUGCCUUUUGUGACCAGAAGAGGAAGAGGAUGAUGAAGACAUUGAUUCAUCAGCAGAAGAAACACUUGAAGAAGAAGUUGAUUUUCUUCUUUUCUUCUUUAGCCUAAAAAAAACAGUUCAUUUGUCAUGUAUGUACAAAAAUGUUUCUAAGUUAUUCAUAAAGAUGUGGGCCCUAUUUGUUUCCUUUAAAGAUUUUAUAAAAGCUGUGGUUCAGAUAAAUGAUACAAUAAUCUCAGCUACUACAAGAUCUAAUUUUACUAUUAAGCA